AUGACAUCUGUACCAGAUGAAGGCAAUAUGUUUACACAUGAUGAUGAUGAUUACUCAAAUAACACCGACACUCCGCGUUAUAUUUACGUCCUUCACUUACAGAAUGCAUCAAUGACUCGAGGACCAGAACAUAAACUCAGCAAUGAGGAUUUAAACAUACUAGCAACGAAAAUACUUAAUAAUAUAUCGGACGUAAAUAAUCAUUCGUGGACAGGCGUAGAGAAGACAUAUGACUGCGUUGGUGUUGGCUAUACAGAAAAUGGAGACUUGAUUGUGAAUGCAAACGUUAAAGAACGCUACCCAUGCGCAGGUAAAAAAAAGGGAAAUGAUAGCGUUUGUUACGGUGAAAUGGGAUUGAAUGAAAAACUCGCUAAAGUAAUUGAAAAUACUAUCAAAGACGAAAUAAAGAAAUCUGGUGAUCAUAAAGUUGAAAUAAUCAAAGCGAAACUAGGUGACAAUGAAAAACCAUCAGCUGUUACGAAUGCUAGAAGUCAUGCUGAAAUGCAAAUAAUCUCUCAUGCAAAACAGCAUGAUUUAAAUAUUCAAGCACUUGGAACUAGUAAACCACCAUGCCGUCCGUGCAAAGAAGAGUUGGAAAAGCAAAAUGUAAAACUUCAUUAUGAUGAGGAAGGAAAUCAAAGACCCAAAAAUUGGGCUCCAUCAGAAGACAUAGACACUGAGAUAAUAAGAAUAAAGUCAAGAGAUAAAGUUCGAGUAAACAAAAACUUUUUAGAAAGCAACAUACCCAAAACAAAAAAGCAAGCGCACAAAGAAUUUCAAUCAAAUUUAAAACAAAAAUUGAUUCCAAAACCAAAUUUGCAUGCAACUGCUGCCAGUGUUUUAGACACCAUCGAUACGAUAGACGAAGGCGGUUCGACUUAUGCUGGUAGGUUCAACGCUUAUUCCGGCACAUAUGAAACAAAAAGGACACUUCGAAAGGGGGCGUACGCAGGUGCUAGUAUUGCUGAAGCUAUAGCUAACUAUGGACCAUGUGGAGUAAGCGCUUCACUUCUCUCAGCAUCUGCUCAUGUUGAAUAUGGUCUCAACAAUUCAGUUGGCGUCGAUCUCUCCAUAGUACGAGCAGUGGCACAUGCAGGACCUCUACAAGUCGGAGUUGGUUUGAAUUUAGAUACGAAUGCUAGUGUUGGCUUCGAUGGUAUUCAAGCUUCUCUCUUAGGAUUUGGUUUUCGUGCUGGUCUUAAAACAGGAGUCAAAACGCCUGUUGUUGAUGCCAGUUGUAAUGUUAUAUAA